AUGCAAGUGAUGAAAGGCAAACAAUGGGAAGAAUGUUUUGGUGAGAUACUUUUCCCUCUGCUACAAAAAUUGCUCGAAAAUUUAUCACCAAUGGAUCCAAUUGGAAUGGAGGAGACAAGAGUACGAGUUAUACAACUUAUCUCGAAAAUUCUGCUCAAUCAUUUAACGCCUUUGAAUUUGUUGCCAUCAUUCCGAUCGUUAUGGUUACGUUUGCUAGAUUAUAUGAAUCAGUAUCUUCAUGCGGAUCGUAGUGAACUUUUAUCAGAAUCAAUCCCGGAAUCGUUAAAGAAUAUGAUCCUCGUUGUGGACAAUACUGAUUAUCGUUACGAUGCUGCCGGAGUGACUAACGUGAAUGACGAGACGCAGUUUGCUACGUCAUCAAUGGAACUAUAUCGAGUAGCGCCACCUCAUUUAUUGUAUGCUCAACAACAAUUACAACAGCCUCCAAUUAUGGACUCACAGUCAUCACAAAUCUCGUAUCAGUUAACUUCGAAUCCAGUGCCAAUGAUGAUGUCAAUUGGUGAACCUUUAUUUCCAUCACCAAACAGUGCAUUUUCGCCUCCAGUAUCUUAUGCUGAGGAAGAACAAAAUAUGGUGGUAACAUCCAAAAUGGCAUAG